ACGUCCGUGUAGUUGGCCUUGUAAACCCCAAAUAGAUCAUUCUGGUUGUAGCGUCUCGGCGUUGGUUGUGGUGUGUCGUGAAAUAGCUGCGUUUAUGCAUGAAAUUAAAGUUUGAGGAAGAUUACUUAUUACAAGACUAAUAAUUUGAAGAAUGGGCACCCGAGUUUUCGUUGGUGGCUUAACUUACCGGGUGCGAGAACGCGACCUUGAGAAGUUCUUCCGGAAAUAUGGUAGAAUCAAGGAAGUCGCAAUGAAGAAUGGAUUUGCCUUUGUGGAAUUUGAUGACUAUAGAGAUGCAGAUGAUGCUGUUUAUGAAUUGAAUGGAAAAGAGCUCUUAGGUGAAAGAGUCUCUGUAGAGAAAGCUCGCGGAACGCCGCGUGGCAGCGACAUGUGGAGAGGUCGCAGCCGAGAUCGCGGGCCUCCCCCGCGCAGGCGAAGCCGGGGUCGGGCUCUGGACAAGGAUUUGGAUGUCCGUAUUCACGACAGGUAUGGACCACCCACCAGAACUGAAUACAGGCUUGUUGUGGAAAAUCUUUCUAGCCGCGUCAGUUGGCAGGACCUGAAAGAUUACAUGCGACAGGCAGGAGAAGUUACGUACGCAGAUGCACACAAACAACGUCGUAAUGAAGGGGUUGUUGAAUUUGCUACGCAUUCGGACAUGAGGAAUGCCAUCGACAAACUUGAUGAUACGGAACUGAAUGGUAGAAGAAUUCGGUUGAUAGAGGAUACACGUCGCAGUGGCAGGCGACGUUCUCGGUCUUCUAGUUCAAGGUCCCGCUCACGCUCCAGGUCACGAUCUCGGCGAAGAAGUCGUACACGAUCCAGGUCUCGUAGCCGUCGUAGUAGCCGCAGUAGGAGCAGGAGCCAUCGCAGUAGCCGUUCGAAGUCACGGGGCCGUUCUAAGUCCAAAUCGGCCUCGCGCUCCAAAUCACGUUCUCGCUCCAAAUCUAAAACAAAAACGGGUACUACGCUCGAGAAACACGAGUACCAACAGUCGCCUUCCGACAGUGCGCAAGCACAACAACCAUCACCCAGAUCUCGCGAACGCUCCAAGUCUAAAUCCAGAUCCCGGUCACGUUCAAGGUCUAGAUCUGAACCAAAGAACAACAGAUCCAAGUCCAGAUCCCAAUCUAAGUCCAAGGCAAAGUCACAAUCGAAGGAUAGGUCUCGCUCAAGGUCUGCAAGCAAAGGCCAUAGCAAGUCCAAAUCCAGGAGCCAUUCAAAGACCCCAGAGAAGGAUGGUGAUAAGUCACCAGAUGACAAGAAAGAUGACUGAAUUAUGUGGUGCAUAUGUCUUGUGUGUAUUAAGGUUACUAUGGACAUUGCCACAUCUUUAUUAUUUUUUUUUCUCCCCCCUAGUUAUAUAUGUAUACAGAAUUUCUCAUCUUCGUUUCAUGACAUUUCUACCAACUUACACCUCUGUAUCAUUUGAAAUAAUAUUUUUUUCAUAAUUGUCAUCCCAUAGUGACUUGAGGAUCUAUUGUCGGAGCAAGAGGCUGGUUGAUUGGGUCCAUUUACAAGGAUGUGUGUGGUGGUUUUUGGGGAAUUCUUAGGUUCCAUGAUACUGUACAGAGAAUGUUUAGUGUAAUAAGUAUUACUUGAAUAUGUUGUUUAUUUAGAUAUAAAUUUCUGAUCCCUUGCUGGUAAAAAUAAAAUACAUUUCAUUUUCCUCUUGGGUACAUAUUUGUAAGGAAAUUAAUUUGCACUUUGGCUCAAUGGCCAUAUAAAAUUAUUGUGUACGCUGUUACAGUACCUGGAAUUUUACGAGAUGAGUGUUGCUAUAACUUCUUUUUAAUAAGUUAGUUUUGUUAAGUUCAAUCAUGGUGACAUUCUGUUGCAGUAACUAAAUAGCUUAUUUCAUGUACUGUAGUUAAUAACAUUUAUAAUGCAUCGCUCCCUUCACAUCAUUAGAGUAGGUGACGAAGUAUAAAUUAAUACUAUAUACUUCUAUGUAGUGAAACUAGUUUUCAUAGUGUUCGUUGUGACAGCAUAGUUGGCAUACGUGCAUCACAGCUUUGGGUUUUGGGGUGUGUGUAAGAGCUUGGUAAUUUUUUGGAGGAAGGAGGUGUGAAGGUUGCAUAUAAUAGGGAGGAAAUUUUGAUCCAUUGAUGUAAUACCCUAGUAAUUUAAUUUUUUCUGCAUUUUUAAGUAAGAUGAGUUUAAAUAUUCUGUAGUUUUUUUGUAGUAAAGAUAAAUAAAGUUGUUUACUACAAA